UCACUUCCGCUGGUGACCGGAAGUUGCGGGUUCUGAAAGUAUGGCGGCGUCGAAGGUGAAGCAGGACAUGCCUCCGCCAGGGGGCUACGGCCCCAUCGACUACAAGCGGAACCUGCCCCGCCGGGGAGUGUCGGGGUACAGCAUGUUUGCUGUGGGCAUCGGGGCCUUGAUCUUUGGUUACUGGAGAAUAAUGAAGUGGAACCAGGAGCGCAGGCGCCUGCUGAUUGAGGACUUGGAGGCCAGGAUCGCCCUGAUGCCUCUCUUCCAAGCAGAAAAGGACCGGAGGACCCUGCGGAUUCUUCGGGAGAACCUGGAGGAGGAGGCCAUCAUUAUGAAAGAUGUGCCCGACUGGAAGGUGGGCGAGUCUGUGUUCCACACCUCGCGGUGGGUGCCGCCCCUCAUUGGCGAGAUGUAUGGGCUGCGCACCAAGGAGGAGAUGGACAACGCCAACUUCGGCUUCACCUGGUACACGUAGGGCCUGCGCCGACGCAGAGGAAAGAAUAUCAAUAAACGUGGAUGAUUAUGACUC